AUGAAUAUUCCGCGGUCGGCCAAAAUCAAAUUCGUCCGUCUGAAGUCUCGGCCAAAGUUCAAAUCAUCACGACCCGGGAAACAAUGUCCCGCGGUCGGCCACGCCACGCCCACUCAAGACGAUGCCGCGCACGACCAUGCCGCGCGAGCCGGGAAGCAACGCCUCGCGGCCGCGCAACCUUACUCGUGUACCAUGGCCGAUGGCGCCGUCCGAGCCGGGAAAGCCACGCCCGCGUCCGGCCGAGAAACAUCGGCCAACCCUUCAUCGUCCGACCAAGCGGCCGACCACGAAUCCGUCCGGCCACGACCGUUCCGACUCGGCCAUGACCCGAUUGUCCGGCCGAUCGUCCCGACCGACCGUCCCAACGCCGCGGUCGACCCAAAGCCCGUUUUGAAGCCCGUUUCACGUAUUUUCAAGGCCCGGCUUAACCCUAAGCCGCCUCUGAAGACCUAG